AGUUGUUCAGAUCACUGUUACUAUCACAACAUCACACGCUGCAUUCUUCUUUGCCACGAUGCCCUCAUUCAGUAUAGUGGAGUUUGUGGAUGAAGUUGACUCUGAUGGCUGCAAAAAAGUGGAUAUUAUUCCAUUAGAGUGGUUCAAGGGCACCGACAGAAAAUUAUGCUGGUGGCCACCAGCCACGCUCCUGAAUGUAACCAAGGCUGUGAAAGAGGGAACACCACCAGCCAAAAACUGGAUUCUCUGCAAUGUGCGUGCUAUGGGAGACGCAGCCACUUUUACAGAUGCCAGGGUGAAACUCCAUCAAGCUGAAUAUACAUCAGACCUGACAGACACUGACGAUCGCUUGAGAAAGAGAAAGGGAAGUGCAAAACUCUUCGAAAGCCAAAAGAGCAAGCAACUAGAAUCAACUGAGAAUUCUGAUUCGGAGGAGGAAUUUCCACCCACUCCCCCUGAAAAACUCCUUGGGCUAGCAGCAAAGCAAAUGAUCAGCCCCACUGCCCAGCGAGUUGCCAGUUCCACUAUCCAGCAGGGCGCCAGCCCCACUGCCCAGCGAGUUGCCAGUUCCACUAUCCAGCAGGGCGCCAGCCCCACUGCCCAGCGAGUUGCCAGUUCCACUAUCCAGCAGGGCGCCAGCCCCACUGCCCAGCGAGUUGCCAGUUCCACUAUCCAGCAGGGCGCCAGCCCCACUGCCCAGCGAGUUGCCAGUUCCACUAUCCAGCAGGGCGCCAGCCCCACUGCCCAGCGAGUUGCCAGUUCCACUAUCCAGCAGGGCGCCAGCCCCACUGCCCAGAGUCUUGCAACCCCCGGUUGUGAAGCCAUGUUCUCUAAACUUCUUACAAUUCUAGAAGAAGUGAAGGAGACCCAGCGGGUUCACAGUAAGAUAUUAAAUGCCCUACUGAAGAAGCAAGAGGCACCAGUGAUGGAGGUUCCUGAAGGAGUGGCCUUCCCUCUGCAAACUCAAGCUGAUGUUGAGGCUCUCGAUGAGAAACUGAAAGACCGCAGUCUAAUGUCUACUGUUGCUGCCGUGGUAGCAGAUGUAGGGGGCACAAGUGUAGAUGACGCAACAAGGCGAAUGAUGAAAUUCCUUCUGUCAAACGAGCUGGCAUUGGACUACAACCUGUUCGGCCGUCACGGAAAAAAGAAGUUUAAGGACUUGCGUCUUUUCAGUGUUGUAUAUGAGGCUCUUAAGAAGAACACAUUGACGGCACAAGUGAACCAGCAGGAAGCUGAGAGGGCACUGUCAAAAUGGUUCACUGGGGCAAGAGACAGAGGAGGACGAAGGGCGUCCAGACAGCCAAUGCAAACUUAAACAGAAAUGUGUUCUCGGGUACAGCUUCUGCUCCAUGCCUGACUGUCCUGGAAAGUGGUUCUGUCUAGACCCUCUACAGUUUCAUCCAUGUUCCUCACGAUUAUGCAAUGUUGAUCUGUUGUCCUGUUCAGUCAUUAUUCACCUCUGAAAACUUGUUUUAAAAAAAUUCAUAUGAUAGAAGUUAUACUGUCCAUGUAUAAUAAAAGCUGAAUUUGGA